UCUAACUGAAAACUCAAAAAACCCAAAGCAACACGCAUACGAUUCUUUUGGGUUUUCUGCAGAUGAUCAUUUUGUGAUGGUGGUUAUUGUCAAUGGCGGAUCCGUACAGAACGAACCCUCACGCUGCUUCAUCUCUCGAAUCCGAAGAUAUGUCUUCCUUUUUUCUUAAUUUUCUUCAAGGUACGUCCGCUUCCGCUUCUGCGACUGCUGCGGCUGGUUUUUAUAACCGAUCGGUACCGGCGCCGGUGGCUGAGUCAUCUUCUAGCCUCAAUUUCUCCGAUCCCGGUCGAUUUUAUGCUGCCGAGUUCAAGGAAGGCGUUGAGAAUGUGUUUGCUUCUGCUGGCCUCGGGGAUUGUGACGGUAUGAAUUCUAAUAGGAGAGAGUUUUUGGAAGAUGAUAAGGUUGAUAACUUUGGUUUCAGUAGCGAGGAGUGUGAUGGACUUGACAUGCCAUCUGAUCCGACUCAUCCACGUUCCUCAAAGAGGAGUAGAUCUGCUGAAGUUCAUAAUUUGUCCGAGAAGAGGAGGAGGAGUAAGAUCAAUGAGAAACUGAAAGCAUUGCAGAACCUAAUUCCGAAUUCUAACAAAACUGACAAGGCAUCUAUGCUUGAUGAAGCCAUUGAAUAUCUGAAGCAACUUCAACUGCAAGUUCAGAUGCUUACCUUGAGGAAUGGAUUGAGUUUAUACCCAGGAUAUGUUCCCGGGUCUAUGCAGUCGGUGCAACUCCCAUCUGGUAAUGAAUUUGAUGGGAGAAGUUUUAUGCUGAGUGCAAAUGGAGGAGCUACACUUCCUGUGAAUCGAGAAAUGCCACAGACUGCAUUUGAAAUUUCCAAUCAGAAUCCAUCAGGCAAACCAACAAUAACCUCACAUAACACAGAAAACGCUGUAGCUUUAGAAACUACAAUUCAGAAUCAUUAUGGAGUUCUUAACCAUUUAGCAUCUUCUAAGGACAUGUGCCGAGACAAUACACUAUCAAGAUUGCAUUUAGAUAUGAGUUGCUCUGGAAACAAUUCAUCAUCAGGAGUGUCGUCUUAACCAAAAUUUCACAGGAUCAAAUAUUUGAGGAGUUGGUGUAGAUGGAAUUAACUAUUGAUACUGUGAAACUCCAAUUGUUUGUACAUCUCCAAAGUUAAAUAUUUGCCUCAUGGUCCUGAGAUGCACUGAUCCUUGAUUGUUAUGCUCGAUGAGCACGAACAGAACUGUGCUUUUGUAACUGUUGAAACUUGGACUUGACAAAAUAACUAGUGUUGGAAAAAUAACUGUUCAAACUUUUAGCUACUUUU